AACCACCCCAUCGACCUUGCUGCCGCCCCCCGGACUUUCGAAAUGAAGUUCAUGAAAGUGGGCCGUGUGGCCAUCAUCACCCGUGGCCGUUAUGCCGGCAAGAAGGUUGUCAUCGUUCAGCCCAACGACACUGGCUCCAAGGCUCACCCCUUCCCCUACGCCAUCGUCGCCGGUAUCGAGCGCUACCCCCUGAAGGUCACCCGCCGCAUGGGCAAGAAGACUGUUGAGAAGCGCAGCCGCGUCAAGCCCUUCAUCAAGGUUGUCAACUACAACCACCUGAUGCCCACCCGUUACACUCUGGAGCUCGAGGGUCUUAAGGGUGCCGUCACCCCCGAGACCUUCAAGGAGGUUUCCCAGCGUGAGGACGCCAAGAAGACCGUCAAGAAGGCUCUUGAGGACAGAUACACCAGUGGCAAGAACAGAUGGUUCUUCACUCCUCUGCGUUUCUAAACGGGGUAAUAUGGCGUUUUUGUCGCUUAAGCGUGUGAGGUCUCUAGAUGAGGGAACGGGGGAGCCAAAAAAAACAAACAUUGAGAACAUUCAACUCGGGAACAUGGGACAACCAUGUCGGAC